AUGGUACCUAGUAUUGAUUCACCUCGCCGGGAUGAUAUGCAGACAUUGAGCGGCGAAUCUUCGAGUCUAGAUAAAUAUAGAGGAUACGACCAUAUGACAUGGUAUGUUGGAAACGCCAAACAAGCCGCUUCCUGGUAUGUGACCCGGAUGGGCUUUGAAAUGAUUGCCUACCAGGGGUUGGAAACAAAUUCUCGUUGUACCACGUCUUAUGUGGUUGCUAACAAUAAUGUGAGAUUUGUUCUCACUUCUGCUACUCAGAGCUAUUCUGCUCUGGAAGAGAGUGCAUCAUUUGAGGAACGGCAGCUUGUUAAAGAGAUAUAUGAACACCUGGAAAAACACGGAGAUGCUGUCAAAGAUGUUGCCUUCGAAGUCGAUGAUGUCCAUGCGCUUUUCUCGAAUGCCGUAGCAGCUGGUGCAGCUAACGUUCAAGAACCAACGACAAUCAAAAGUGGGAGAGAUGGAUUUAUAGUUGCGGCGACCAUCAAGACAUUUGGAGAUACUACUCAUACCUUCUUAGACCGUCGGAGCUACACUGGAGCCUUUCUACCUGGUUAUCAUGCAGUGACCGAGUCUGACCCUAUUCAACGAUAUCUUCCAACCAUUAAUGUGGACGAAAUUGACCACUGUGUUGGAAAUCAUGACUGGAAUGAUCUUGAAUCUGCCUGCAACUUUUAUGAAGAAUGCCUCGGUUUCCGCCGCUUCUGGACUGUCGACGACAGGUCUCUCACUACGGAAUACUCUACUAUGAACUCGAUUGUCAUGGCUUCCCCGGGUAAUGAGAAGAUAAAGAUGCCAAUGAACGAACCAGCAGUGGGAAAAAAGAAGUCGCAGAUCGAAGAAUUUGUACAAUUCUAUAAUGGGGCUGGUGUCCAACACAUUGCUUUCCACACCACAGAUAUUGUGCAGACGGUAACGAAUAUGAAAGAGCGCGGCGUGCAGUUUAUUACUGUCCCGAGGACGUAUUACGAAGACCUGUCACUUCGGCUGAAGAGUCAUGGGAUGACCGUUGAGGAAGAUAUGGAGAUUCUUCAAAGGUUAAGCAUCCUUGUUGAUUUUGAUGAAGGGGGAUAUCUACUCCAGAUCUUCACCAAGCCAUUGCUAGACAGACCAACAGUCUUUUUAGAAAUAAUUCAAAGAAACAACUUCGAUGGGUUUGGCGCUGGAAACUUUAAAGCUUUAUUUGAAGCUGUUGAGAGAGAGCAAGCUAAACGUGGGAACCUAUGA